CGCAUCGCAUCUCCGCUUUCCGGGGUCCCCCGCUUUCCACACGCGCCCCGAGAUUGUUCCCCGCUGCCGACUGCCGACUGACGACGCCUCCCUCCCCCUCUGAAGCAUUCGGUCAUUAUUAAAACCCGCGGCGCCUCUCGUCGGCUCGCGACAGCGCGGCAGCGAAGCGAAACCCCCCGGUUCCGGUUCCGGUUCCGAUUCCGAUUCCCCCGGCAGCCAUGGCGUCCCACAUCAUCCUGCCGCCGGACGGCGACGACGACGAGCAGCAGCGGAGGGAGGACGAGGAGAACGACGGCGGCGGCAGCGGGAGCGGGGGCGACGGGGAGCAGCAGCAGCAGGGCGGGGGCAACGCCAAGGCGGCGGUGCCCUUCUCCGCCAUGUGCGUGCGGAUCUCCCGCGACUCCUACCCCAACCUCCGCGCCCUCCGCAACGCCUCCCACGCCAGCCUCACCGACGCCGCAUACGUCAAGAUCUCCGAGGGCGACUUCGGAUACGUCCUCGACGACGUGCCCCACCUCGCCGACUACAUCCCCGACGUCCCCACUUACCCGAACCCAUUACAAGACCACCCAGCAUAUUCAACUGUCAAGCAAUAUUUUGUCGAUGAAGAUGACACCGUACCACAAAAGGUUGUUGUUCAAAAGAAUAGCCGCCGGGGGGUUCACUUCCGUCGUGCUGGACCCCGUCAGAGGGUUAAUUUUGAGUCAGACGAAGUGAAAGCAUGCAUUGUAAGUUGUGGAGGCCUUUGCCCUGGGCUCAACACUGUUAUCAGGGAGCUGGUGUGUGGCUUGGCGCACAUGUACAAUGUCAACAACAUCUUUGGAAUACAGAAUGGAUACAAGGGCUUCUAUUCUAGCAAUUAUGUUGCUAUUACACCAAAGACAGUCAAUGACAUCCACAAGAGGGGUGGUACAGUCCUUGGAACAUCACGAGGUGGUCAUGAUACAAAAAAGAUUGUUGACAACAUUCAGGAUCGGGGAAUUAAUCAGGUGUAUAUCAUUGGAGGAGAUGGGACUCAGAAGGGAGCAUAUGAGAUCUACAAGGAAAUCCGGAAGCGUGGCCUAAAAGUUGCCGUGGCAGGGGUUCCCAAGACAAUAGAUAAUGACAUAGCGAUUAUCGACAAGUCCUUUGGUUUUGAUUCGGCCGUCGAAGAGGCUCAACGUGCCAUUAAUUCAGCUCAUGUGGAAGCUUGCAGUGCUGAGAAUGGAAUAGGCUUGGUAAAACUGAUGGGUCGUUAUAGUGGGUUCAUUGCGAUGUAUGCUACUCUUGCAAGCCGGGAUGUGGAUUGCUGCUUGAUUCCAGAGUCUCCGUUUUAUAUGGAUGGGGAAGGGGGGUUGCUUCAGUAUGUAGAGAGGAGGCUGAAAGAGAACAAGCACAUGGUUAUUGUUGUUGCUGAGGGAGCAGGCCAGGAUAUUAUUGCCAAAAGCAUACCCGCUUCAGAUCAGCUAGAUGCAUCUGGAAAUAAGCUGCUUCUUGAUAUUGGUCUCUGGCUGACUCACAAGAUUAAGGAUCACUUCAAGAGCAAAAAGAUGGAGAUGACGAUUAAAUACAUUGAUCCUACCUACAUGAUCCGAGCUAUUCCGAGUAAUGCAGCAGACAAUGUCUACUGCACACUGCUGGCUCACAGUGCCAUCCAUGGCGCAAUGGCGGGAUACAGCUUCACUGUUGGGAUGGUCAAUGGCAGACAUGCCUACAUACCUUUCUACAGGGUGACGUCCACACGGAACAAGGUGAAGAUCACUGACCGGAUGUGGGCGAGGCUGCUGUCGUCGACCAACCAGCCAAGUUUCCUGAGGCAGAAGGACAUCGACGAGGCUAGGGAGGCCGAUAGGCUGACCAACAAGCCUCCGCUACCACCUGUCGCCAACCAGAAUGUGGCAAAAGCAUUUGACCAAUCUGCAUCGGCUUCGUCGAACGGCGAGAUAUAGCGAUGCGCUGGUCUGUAACCGUGUACAGUAGCUACUGCUAUCCUGCUGAUGAACAUGUGCCACGGCACGCCACGCCAUGAAGUUUUGCUUCCUUACGAUAUCCCUUGUAUGAGUAGUGCACGUAUGGAUACUGUUCAGGUGUUCUGUGAAAUAAGCAGUAUAUUAUUGUGCUGCUA